UGUUUUGACCACGAAACGAACACGUUUUAAGCUUUGUAAACCAAAGGAAAACUUUACUAUUAUUUAUCAAGACGGGCACGUAAACGUUUAUUUGCCGCUGUGGUUGAUUAUUUAUUUUUGGAUUUUGGAAGCCGUAUGUCAUAGUGUGCAAAAAAGCAACAAAAGAAAAAACAUAUAUAAGCUUGUAUGUUGAUGUGAAAAGCGAAUUAAUUAUAUUUCAAAGUAAAGUGAAAUUAUAUUUCAAUACCUUAAGACAUCAGUAAUUCGCUGAGACAAAUAAUAACUACCGCAGCAUAUACAAUCUCGAUUUGUUUUCUGAAUGUUUUAUUGGUAAAGCAAUGCUGCUUUUUCAGCAACAUUUGUUUGAAAAGUAUUUGCACCAUAGAGAAGUGAGAUUUGUGAAUUGAUCGUUUAAGAUUUACACGUGAUUUGAUGUAAACUCAAUGGACAUGUACUCGGUUAGCGGGUUGAAGCGCAGUAUACAACUUAUUUGUUUAUUAGCAAUUGUUGUCACGGGGUUUCUCAACUCUGCCGGGGCAAAACCAACACUGACGUUUAGCCUACCGCAAAGUUUGCAAGGAUUCCCUACGUUAACCUCGUUUACUCAACAGAUCUUUGAAAAUCGCAAUGCCAGGCAAGUGAAAACUUACAGCGGUCAGCGUUUAUCCAACAAUUCUCUAAUUAUGAUUUAUUAUCAUGAUACGACAAUAGCAGUAACUGAGUUAGGAGCACGCAAGCUAUUGUUGGGCUGUGAACUUAUAGAAAUCUACAAUGAUCAGGAAGGAGUGGUUUUAUUAAAAGAUUUGUCCAAAUAUAAUCGUCCUCUAGAAAUAAGGUUUGAUGAAAUGAUUAAAUUGAUGAACCAGUGCGAGCGUGUCGACAAACUCAUCUUUGCGGCGCGUCAAAAGACCCAAAAACCGACUAAUAAUCCAAAUGAUGGCAACGAAAAUAUAGCUUUCAAUUUGGGCACAAUAAUAUUUCCAAAGAAUCCCCUUUCGAUAUUAAGCGGCAUAAUACCAGGUACAAAAUGGUGUGGCACUGGUGAUAUAGCAGAUACUUAUAAUGAUUUAGGCACCGAAACUAAUAUGGACCGUUGCUGUCGGCAGCAUGAUCUGUGUCCUUUAAAAAUACGUGCAUACCAAAGCAAAUACGGCCUGACAAAUGAUUCCUUAUAUACCAAAUCCCAUUGCACUUGCGAUGACAUGUUGUUUUCUUGCUUAAAAAGAACUAAUACUUCAGCCUCUCAAUUAAUGGGAUCGAUAUAUUUCAAUUUGGUUCAAGUGCCCUGCUUAGCUAGAGUCAAUAAUCGUUAUCAGUAUAGGCCGGCCAAGGAAGGCUUCUAAAACAAACUUGCUUCGCCCAUUAUUUUAUUAUUUUAUUUGUUUUGUUAUUUGUACAUUUUAUAUAAAAAAAAAAAAAUAUUAUAUU